GCCUGCCAAGUGUGAAGUGCUCCCAUGCCGUGACUUUGUGUUGUCUGAAAUCCUUGCUCAGCCAGGAACGAGGCCUAUCAUUAAUUACCUGUAGCAGAUCUCCUGUGAUUGGUUUCAGAAAUCAUUUGGGAGACUUCCCAGGUGGUCCAGUAGAGACUCUGCAUUGGAAGACAUGGAUCUUGCCGCUAAUGAGCUCAGCAUUUUUGACAAACUCUCAGAGACUGUUGAUUUGGUAAGACAGACGGGCCAUCAGUGUGGCAUGUCAGAGAAGGCAAUUGAAAAAUUUAUCAGACAGCUGCUGGAGAAGAAUGAACCUCAGAGGGGGCCACCCCAGUAUCCCCUCCUUCUAGCUGUGUACAAGGUCUUCAUAACCUUGGGAUUAAUCUUGCUCACUGCCUACUUUGUGAUUCAACCUUUCAGCCCAUUAGCACCUGAACCAGUGCUUUCCGGAGCUUACACCUGGCGUUCCCUCAUCCAUCACAUCCGGCUGAUGUCUUUGCCCAUUACCAAGAAGUAUAUGCCAGAAACUAAGGGAGCUCCUCUGCAUAGGGGCAAUGAAGACAGACCCUUUCCAGACUUUGACCCCUGGUGGACAAAUGACUGUGAGCAGAAUGAGUCGGACCCCAUCCCUGCCAACUGCACUGGCUGUGCCCAGAAAUUACCCCUCCAGGUGAUGCUCCUGGAAGACACCCCAAGGAAAUUUGAGAGACUGCAUCCUCUAGUGAUCAAGACGGGACAGUCCCUGUCGACUGAGGGGCUUCAGGAUUUUUUGUGCCAGUAUCCGGAGGUGACAGAAGGCUUCACCGAAGGGUUUUUCACCAAGUGGUGGCGCUGCUUUCCUGGACGGUGGUUCCCAUUUCCGUAUCCAUGGAGAAGACCGCUGAACAGAUCACACAUUUUACAUGAGCUUUUCCCUGUUUUCACGUAUCUGCCGUUUCCAAAAGAAGCCUCCUUGAAAAAAUGCUUCCUUCUUCAACCAGAACCUAUUGUGGGGAGUAAGACGCACAGGAUGCAUGACCUGUUCACCAUCGGCAGCGGGGAGGCCAUGCUGCAGCUCCUCCCGCCCUUCCAGUGCCGCAGCCACUGCCAGUCCGUGGCGAUGCCGCUGGAGCCAGGCGACAUCGGCUACGCUGGUGCCACCCACUGGAAGGUCUACAUUAUGGCCAGAGGGAUCCAGCCUUUGGUCGUCUGCGAUGGAACCACCCUGUCAGAGCUAUAGGACACAGAUCUAAAGGAACGGCUUUGAGAGUUGAAGACCAGAUCGAAACGGGGAGAAUAAAAACAAAAAACGAUGAAACCACUUUCCAGGGGUUGGUUACUUAGUCACCUGCCCCGUGCAUGCGUGUGUGAGCCAGUUGUGUGCUGGAGGCAAAGGCCAGAGCCUGGGCCUCCCAACUCUUCCAGCCCAGCCGCUUGGCCAGGACUCCACCACCAAUACCCGUCUAUGAGAGACGGGCCUCUGCCCAGCCCCUUGGCACCAAAGCCUUGAGGCUGCCUUCAGGCAGGGAGCAGGGUUGGUACCCUCCCUCACUUGCAUGCCAUGAUCUCCUGCUGGCUCCUGGCCACGAGAGGGCAGUCAGCAGGUCCUGACUUCAGCGCCAUCCUCUGCCAGGUGGGCCUGCCUGUCCCAUCUCCCUGGUAAAACCACCCUGUACAUCUUUUGGAAAGCCACGGAUGGUUAAAGAAGUCAUGGCAGUUUCCCAAGCACAGUGGAAUCUCGAACCAGUGAAAAGGAUCAAAUAACCUCAAGCUGCACUCGAGAAGUGCACUUCUUUCCCAAGUGCGCAUGGCUCUCGGAGUCUCCGAUGCCAGGUCAGAGCCUGACUGUAAUUGAAGCGGUAAUUCCUAAGGUAAUGCCUUCCUCCAUUCGGUCAGGUUCUCAGUCUCCCCCUCCCUCCCCUGCUCUCUCGCCUGUCUGGCCGGCUUCUCAGCAGUUGAGCUCCCCACACCCCUCCCUUGGCCCAGCCAGAGCCCUUUACUGCUGAGGCAGCACUGCUCUCAUCAGCCGUGUUGCUUUUACCAAAUGUCUUCAGAGGGGGGUGAGUUAAGAGUGCUGGCCUGGGGAGAGGGCGCCUCCCCGGGUUUGAUCUUUAGGUCCCGACUUUCUGCAGAGAAGAUGUUUUACAGAUGUGUCAAAGUGAUGUUGUCAUGUGGCUAGGGAAGGAACUCCAGACUCAAAGUGCUGGUCAGCUGGGCGUGCGACUGUGUGACUGUCUUGAAAUGAUUUCUCUCUCUCUGUACUGGGAACCAAGGUGAGGUGUUUUUAAUUCUUAUGAAAAUACAAAACCGUGUUCCUUUUGAUUGGA